AUGGAUAAACUUAGAAAAGAAAACGAAAAGUUGAGAACCGAUUUACAAGCGACCAAAGAGGAGGUUGAGAAACUUUCGAAGCUUGUAACUUGCAAAUCGCAAGAUGGCACCUCAUCGUGUCCACUUUCACCCGGGCAAAGUAAAUCUGUUGACUUUAUAAGUAGUCAGUACGAUGGAAUCAUGGAACAGCUACCGGCAAUUAAGGCCAAAUUGAAUGGUUUAGACCACAGAUGCAAUGAAUUACGCCUUGCUAUUGAUGAAAUGCGGGCUUACAGCUAUCAGUAUAACAUCAAAAUCUUUGGCUUGCCUACUUUCGCGGAGCGAGAGAACUCAGAGUCGACGGCUAAAUUAUGUGUACAGUUGUUUCACUCAAUGUGUGUGAAGGAUGUUUCCAUGCAAGAUAUCGAUAUAGCCCACCGCGUUCCUGCUCGUAAAGCUUCAAGUCGACCGAACCCCAUAAUUUGCAAGUUUGUUAGGAGACAAGUCAAAGAAAGGGUGAUGGCAGCACGGAAAGAGGUUUCCAAAGUCACCCCGAGUCAGUUGGGUUACGGCGUUGAAGUGUCAUUGUUACGGCUUGGUAUUUACGAUCACUUAUCUUCGCUUAACCAAGUACUGUUAACCGAGGCAAAAAAGGUUCAACAAGCCAAGGGCUUUAAAUUCUGCUGGGCA